GCAAGGUUUAAACGUUAGGUCCUUUUGAAAUGUGCCCGCCCUUUCGUUUCAACGACCUUGAACGGCUUGAUUAGAGGCGGUCAUUCCGUAUUUCAAUUGCCGUGGGUUGGUUGGAUUGCAUGAGUACCAAGUUUUUUCAUAUAUAAGUCAUGUUAUGCUACAUAAAAAAGCACGAAGUAAAUACGAAAACCAUUAAUUUAGCGUUCUCUGUUUUGUAGUGUACACGUUGGCUCUGUUGUUGCUUUGUAAUUUGAUCUUUGAUCCCAACAACUGUAGUAAAGCUCAACGAAAUGUCAAGUCACAGGUAAAUCCUAAGUAUUUGUAGUAUUUUCUUGGGUUAUUAUUGUCACAAGGAAUAACCUUUUAAUAAUUAGUCAUUUCUGUUUUUAGUGCUUCAUGCUCAAGUGACAUUUCAGUCGACCUAACCGAUGCCUUUCGAAGUAUGAUACUGAACAAGCGUUUCGUCUUGUGGGAUGAUUUUGAAAGCGCCUUAAAAGAGUUCCAAAAAGUAUGGAAUUAUAGUUUUAUCGCUUCUCAGACUACUUAUACUCGUUACAUCCACACAGAAAGCAGAUUGCUGAAGGAUGUCAGGUUCAAAUACCUGUUUGUAUCGUUUAAUUGUACGUUUGGUCAUAAACGGAAAUCGGAAGGUUUGAAAGUGAGGCAAAAAUCGUCUAAAUUCCGUAAUUGUCAAUCUAAAUUCCGUGUAAGACUAGAGGAGCAAGGAUAUGUCAUCAAAUCCUACAACAUGCUCCACAAUCAUCCAUGUAGUAGUUCAUGGAUGGUAUGUGAUCCAUGGAGAAGGAGAUUAUCGUCAGAAGAAAAAGAGAACUUGAAGUUUUUUUUUUUUUUUUUUUUUUUUUUUUUUUUUUUUAUCGAAAGCAUUAAGGAGAGAACUGGUAAGCAAGUAACUGCUGCCGAUGUCAAAGAUAUGAAAGCUACACUCUCCACUGGUUGUUUUACUCGGAACCAGAUAAUGGAUAUGCUUAGACAGAAAGGCGAAGUGAAGGAACAUUUAGAAAAUGGAUAUGCCACUAGAAUAUGUUUCAGUAGUUCUAACCAAAUACAACUGUACAGAAAAUAUCCAGAAGUUGUGUGCAUUGAUUCUACGUAUAAUACUAAUAAUAAAAAGUGAACAUGUUUAUCAUUGUAUUUUACAAUGUAGAUAUUCCGUCACAUGCUACUUGCCUACGUUAAAAGACGAAAUCUUACAGCUCAUCAACUUCUUAGGUAUUGUAGCAGAUGGAAGUUACAUAAUACCCAGAACUUCCAAAAUUAUACAUUAACUGCAUUAACACG